AUGUAUUUAAUCAUAUUUUACUUUGUUAUUUUUCUUGUUGAACGAGGAAAGGGCACAACAUAUGAAUGUAAUAUAAAUGCAACAUGUGGAUGUUCAUCUUCAUCUACUAUUUUAACACGUAUUAUUGGUGGUGAAAAUGCUGUUGAACGAUCUUGGGGAUGGAUUGUUUCUAUUCGUAAAAGACAAUCACAUUUUUGUGGUGGAUCUAUUUUUUCAUCAUCAUUUAUUAUUACAGCUGCUCAUUGUGUUCACGAUAUAACUAGUUUAUCAGAUAUUACUAUUCUUGCUGGAAGUAGUACUUUAACACCAUCUUCAUCAAAUAAGUUUUAUCAAAUUCGAUCAAUAUUUCAAAUAACUAUACAUCCUAGUUAUGCUACUACUGAUACAUAUGAAAAUGAUAUUGCACUUAUUCGUUUAUCUACUCCAUUAGAUAUGACUAAUGGAUAUAUAAAACCAAUAUGUUUACCAACUGGUACUAAUUCUGAACCAUCAGAUAAUAUUGAUAUAAUAGCUGUUGGUUGGGGUGUUACAUCAACAUCACAAGAUAUAUCUUCUCAAAAUCUUCAACAAGUUACUAUAAAAUCUAUAAAAAGUACAUCAAAAGAUUGUUUAAAAAUUAUUGACAAUAGUCAAGUACAAUUCUGUGCUGGAAUAUUAACAACUGGUGGCAAAGAUACUUGUCAAGGUGAUAGUGGUGGACCAUUAGUGGCAUUUGUUAAUGGUCUAUGGCAACUUGACGGGAUUACAUCUUAUGGAUACGGUUGCGCAUUACCUGGUUAUCCAGGAGUCUAUACUCGUGUUAGCUUUUAUAUUCCAUGGAUAACAUCUAUUACGCAAUCUACUCAAUCUUCAGUCAAUUAUUUCGUAUCAACCGCAACAACAAAAGCAACGACACAAAAGUCAAUAACUACCGAACAAACUACUACCACUAAAAAAUCAACAGUAGCUAUAACAACUACUACGAUGCUGAGAAUACCGGUGACUUCUAUAACAGCAACAACAAUGAAUACUAAGACUAGUUCGAAAAAUUUAAUUCAAAAUUCUACGAAAGAAACUGUAUAUCUACAAACUCAAAAUAAAACAAAUUCAUAUAAAAUAUCCAUGAGUAAUUUAUUAUCAUAUAAUAGUUUUGGUGAUCCAUAUUUACAAACAUAUUUUCAAAAUAAAAAUAUUCAAAAACAUCUUAGAAAAAUUGGACUUAUCAAUCAUCACGAUAAAAUCAUUUCACAUAAACAAAAUCAAUCAAUACGUAAUGAAUAUUCUCGACAAGAACAUAUUCCAAUUUUAUUACCAAAUGAAAAUGGUCAACGUGUUAAAGGAUUAAGAAAAAGUCGGAAAACAUCUGCAAUUAAUGAAAAUAUAAAAGAAUUAAAAGAACGAUAUCAUUCAUUACAUUUAAAUGAUUAUGGUUUACUUAAUCGAUCGAAAAAAACUCGUCUAAAUAUUAAUAAUAAUAAUAAUUGUAUUGAUCAAGAACAAUUCAAAAAUCUUGAUGAACAAAGAGAAAUUCCAUCAGGUUUAUCAACAAAAACAAAUGAUUUUAUUCGUUCGAAAAGCUUGAAGAUAAAUAAUUCUUGUGAAAUCACAAUGAUUUAUUUGGGAUCACAAACAAAUUUUAAUACGAAUCAAUCAGAAUUUAAUUUGAAUGGUUAUGAAAUAAUUGUUAUGCAACAACAUUGUGGAGGAGAAAAUCUUAUUGUUUUUAAAAAUAAUCUUAAACCAAAUAAAAACUUUACAUUUCAAUCUCGACGUCAUUUUGAUUAUCCAUUUGCAUUAAGUUUAUAUGUAAAUGAUUUAAUUGAUUGUCGAAUAUCAGUUUGUUGUGAAUAUAAACAUAAAAUAGGUGUACCUCUAGGUGGAAAACGAGCUUCAUUUGCUUUUUUAAAUAUCCAAGGAGGACAACCUUGUUUAACAUGUCAAUUCAAUCAAAAUUCUUCUUUUUUUCAACAAAAAUCAUCGAAUGAAAGUUUAAGAUUUCUUAAUGAUCAAAUUUUUAAUCAUUUAAAUACAGACAAACUUGAAUAUGAUACAAAUAAUUCAAAUGAAAACGAUAUUUUUAAAGAAGCUAAAGAAAUGUAUGAAAAACUUCUUAUUAAAAGUCAAAGAAAUGUUAAUUGGAAAGAAAAUGGUUAUUUACAUAGUCAAUUAGGUAAUAUAUGUAAAGAAGGUUUAAAUGAUUAUAAAAAAAGUCUUGAUCAUUAUUUAAUAUCACUUGAAAUUUUAUGUCAAUAUAUGUCACCAUUUGAUAUUAAACUUAAAAAUAUUUAUCGAAAUAUUGUUCAUAUACUUCUUUUACAAGAAAAUAAUCAAAAUUAUUUAGCAAUUAAAUAUUUUCAACGUAUUAUUCAUAUUGAUUAUAUAGAAAAUAAUGAGAAUGAAUGUAAUCUUAUUGAUGAUCAUUUUUAUUUGGGAUUAUUAUAUAAAAAUGAAGAAAAUUAUUGUCAAGCUUUAUUUCAUUUAGAAAAAUCUUUGAAAUAUAUUUUAUCAAAAAAUAUACAAAGAAAAAAUGAAAAUUUCGAUUUUUUUGAAAAGAAUUAUUCAAUUAAUGAAACAAUUUAUGAUAAAAAAGCAGCUUUACAAGAUUUAACAAAUAUAAAUUUAUCCGAUUUACAUUUUCAUUUAGCAAUUUUAUAUGAACAGAUGAAUUUAAAACAAAAUGCAUUAAUACAUAAACAAAAAGCUCUUGAAUUAACAAUUUUUGAUCAAAAUAAAUUUCAUUAUUAUCAAAAUUAUUUUUCAAAAUUAACAAAAAUAAACAAAUAA